CUGAUGGUGACCUCGUGCCUCAGUUUCAGCAUGAUUUGUGUAAGUUAGUUUGAUCGGGAAAAUCUGAGCUGUGAGUUCAGUCAGUCCGAACAUCUGGAGACACGAUGAGGACACUGAGGAGGCUCCAGUCCUGGUGUCCUCUCCUGCAGAGACGCUGCUCCUCUCUCUGUCAGAGACCAGCGGUCUGCAGACUCCUGCUCGCUCCUCAUUUUGCUCCUGCAGCCAGCUGCUCAGGUGCGUCUGCGCAGCACAUCAAGAGGUUUUCUCUGUCCGCGUGCAGGUCCAGAAACAAAGAUGACUCCAGCAGCGGUGAGCACGCGGGAUUUAACCAUGAGGAGGAGGGGGAGGAGGAGGAGGAGGACUUCAUAGAUGACAGAGAGGUGGAGGAGCUGUUUCAGCUGCAGGUCCCUGCAGGAGAGCAUCAGCAGCACAGAGUGUUCAUCGUGCACCCUGAUGUGAAGUGGGGCAGCAGGAAGCAGCACCUGACCACAGCUGAGCUGAUGAUGGCCGAGGCCGUGGGGCUGGUGAACACUCUGGACGACUGGAGAGUCGUGGACACGAUCAUCCUCUCCACCAAGACACCAGAGAAGAAGAGGAUAUUUGGCAAAGGCAACUUCCUGUCUCUCACAGAGAGAAUCAGGAGAACAGCAGGAAUCACUGCGGUGUUUGUGAACGUGGAGCGUCUGUCGGCUCUGUCUGAGAGGGAGCUCGAGGAGGCCUGGGGGGUUAAAGUCUUUGACAGAUACUCGAUGGUCCUCCACAUCUUCAGGUGCAACGCCAGGACGAAAGAGGCCAAGUUACAGAUCUCUCUGGCAGAGAUCCCUUUGUUAAGAUCUCGUCUGAAAAAUGAAAUGGCAAAUUUGGAUCAGCAGGGCGGAGGAUCGAGAUACAUCGGAGGUUCAGGUGAGACUCUGUUCGAGGUGCAGCAGAGACUGCUGAAGGAGCGCGAGAUGAAGAUUCGCUCAGCGCUGGAGAAACUGCGGAGAAAAAGGCACCUGCUGCGAUCUCAGCGCAAACACAAGGAGUUCCCCACCGUCUCUGUGUUAGGAUAUACCAACUGUG